CAUUUUUUAGUUAACGGCAUAAAUCAUGGGAAAACCGAAGGGUAUACGUACAGCGCGCAAAUUGAAAACGCACAGACAGGCUCAGCGUUGGAAUGAUAAAGGCUACAAGAAAGCACAUUUGGGAACACGAUGGAAAGCAAAUCCAUUUGGAGCAGCAUCGCACGCUAAAGGGAUUGUACUGGAAAAAGUGGGUGUUGAGGCAAAACAGCCGAACUCAGCUAUUCGCAAAUGUGUUCGUGUGCAGCUAAUUAAGAAUGGAAAGAAGAUCACAGCAUUCGUACCAAACGACGGUUGCUUAAACUUCAUUGAGGAAAACGACGAAGUUCUUGUUGCUGGCUUUGGUCGGAAAGGACACGCUGUGGGUGAUAUACCUGGUGUCCGUUUCAAGAUUGUUAAAGUAGCAAAUACAUCAUUGAUUGCAUUGUUCAAAGGAAAAAAGGAAAGGCCACGUUCAUGAAUAGAAAAUUUUUGGUUGUUCUGUUAUCAGUCAUUAUUGUAUGUUGGCUAAUAUAAAAAGUUUUUCUAUACUGAAGUAUUAGUUAACAUUUUACUUUACUGCUUAUGUGAAGACGGCAUUUUACUGAUAUAACAAGGAGUUUGUUUAAAUUGAUUAAACAAGAAGAGAUAUGUUAAUUUUCGAGGUAUUUCUGCACUGCG